AUGAUUGUCAGUCACAGCAGGACGUCGCGGGCUGUGGGCGGUGUGCUCUUGAACGCUGGGGCCACGUACCACAAUCGCAACUAUCCAGAACACCCAUCGCCAGCCCUUCAGCUCGGUUACGGUGCCUCCAAGCACAGGUCCAAUCGCUGGACCCAUCAGAGGUCCAAAAGUCCACGCAGCCAUGGCUCGGCCGCGCUCUUCUUGAACAAAGAGGUCGCCCACCGUCGCACCCCCGACUGUCAAUACUGCCGACGCCUCCAUUCCCGCCAACAACCUGAAGAUAAUCAGGGUCCCGAGGUUCGGGCUCGCCGCGCAGCCCACGGUGAACAAGGUGAACAGAACAUUUGUGACAUGGUAAGGGAUGAGACGGCCAUGGAGUUCGGACAUGGGUGCAACAAGAAGUGGUCCAAGGGCCAGUCCAACGUUAUACACGCUUACAAUCAAAGGGCCGAGUAUUUCACUGUCCUGAUCGAAUUCAAGCACAGCCUUGCUCACUCCUGGCGCAGCAAUUGA